GCACAGGGUUUGGGCUGGGAGGGGGACCGGUUGGUCCUUGGGCGCAUCCCGCCUUGCGCGUGCGCAGACGAUAAACCAACGCCCCGGAGUUGAGGCGCGGGUUUGGUGGCGCGUUUUACCGAAGUCGCACGUGAAGGGCAGUAGUGGCCGGAACCGGACCCAGCCAUGGCAGGCCCAGGCAGCAGUUCACCAUGGGGCAAGCUUGUGUUCAAAGUCAUCCUGAUGGUCCUAGUGGCCCUCGUCCUCCUCCACUCAGCAUCAUCCCAGUCCCACGCAGACUUUGUGCCACCAGGCCAGCAGAAGAAGGAGGCCCCAGUUGAUCUCUUGAGCCAGAUAGGUCGCUCUGCACGGGGAACGCUGGAUGCCUGGCUUGGGCCAGAGACCAUGCGCCUGGUUUCCGAGACCUUGUCUCAGGUGCUGUGGGCCAUCUCUUCAGCCAUCUCGGUGGCCUUCUUCACGCUGUCUGGGAUUGCCGCACAGCUGCUGAAUGCCUUGGGACUAGAUGGAGACCACCUCACCCAGGGCCUGAAGCUCAGCCCCAGCCAGGUUCAGACGUUCCUGCUGUGGGGAGCAGGGGCCCUUGUCGUCUAUUGGCUUCUGUCCCUGCUCCUUGGCUUGGUCUUGGCCUUGCUGGGGCGGAUCCUGUGGGGCCUGAAGCUUGUCCUCUUCCUGGCCGGCUUUGUAGCCCUGGUGAGGUCCGUGCCCGACCCCUCCACCCGAGCCUUGCUCCUUCUGGCCCUGCUGACCCUCUACGCCUUGCUGAGCCGGCUCACUGGCACCCGGGCCUCGGGGGCCCAACUGGAAGCCAAGGUUCGGGGGCUGGAGCGCCAGGUGGAAGAGCUGCGCUGGCGGCAGAGGCGGGCGGCCAAGGGGCCCCGGAGCGUGGAGGAGGAGUGAGAAGGCUGCCGGACAAGGCCACCUUCGUCAUACCAAAGAGCUGCACUGCUUCCGGAUCGCACAGCCCUCCUUCCAGCCCCCCGCCUCUUUCUUGCCCUGCCUCUGAACUGUCACAGCCUUUGUCCCUGCACCAGACCCCCUAGCUGAGAAAGAGGAAGACCAUGCCCCAUGCUGGUCCCCAGGGGCCCUGUCUUCGGACGUUCUCUGUCUGGGAUUGGUCGUCUUGACCCUCUCUCUGUUCCCAGCCUGCCUCCGUCAGGGCAGGCUGGAAGGGCCACCCCUGUGGCUUGUGCAUCUGCUCUCAGUGGACAUCACUGCCCUUGGUCCUGUGACUCAGCCGGCUCCCCUCUGCUGCUGCCUUGUCCUCCUCCUGAUGCUCUUGCUCUCCUGUCCUUCUGGAGUUCCUCCUCUGCCAGAUCCCCAGCUUCCUUCCUGUUUGUCUCCUUCUAGUCCUGCACUCCACCCCAGCCGCAGUCCCUCAAGGCAUGUUCCCGUCCUCCUCAUUGCCUAGCCGUGGGGAAGAGGCAGGGCAUAUAUGGGACCUGAGGGGCAGGGCUGCGGGGGAGGGGGUUCCCACAGGGCGCUGGGAAUGAGGAUGUACAUUGAGUCUGUUACAAGUGCCUUAAUCCGAGCCAGCAGGGCCCUCUGCUUGCCCACUGCUGUACUGUAUGUAGGAAAGUGCACUGUGGCUGUUUUGUGUCAAGAAGAGAGUUUUCCCUCUCGGAAUCUUGAUUCCCCUUCAGCCAAAGCAAAAGGUGCCUGCUUCGUAGGCUUGUGCCUGCAGGUAGUACGCGGCAGUGGCCAUCAGAUCCCCUGUGGGGAUUUCAGGGACACUGAAGGAGAAAGGACGACUCCUCUUGUCUGCCCCACUCCGGACGGUUCUCCAGCCCUCUCCCUCCACUCACUGCCACUAAGGACUUGCUGAUCAGGGUCCACCGCAGUGGCCCAGGGGGAGUGCAGAGCAGACAAGCGGGAGCUGCGCACCAGGGCCCCUGCCCCUCCCAAGCUCCGAGAGGGGCGGGGCGGAGUGCCUGCCACCUGAGUCCCUCUCCACCAGGGGUCUCGUUCUUCCUCUGAGGCUCUGGUGCAGGUGGGCGCCUUCUGCCAGGCCCAGCUCGCGAUGUGAAGAAUGAAUUUAAUGCCCAGUUCUUACUGUUAAGGUUUGAUGUGGAAUCACAGCUGCAGUGAUAUAUAUUUUUAUCAGCGCUUGGUUGGUUUUAAAUAAAAUGCACGCUAUUUUAUUAUCUCGUUCCAUAUAAAAUGUA